CCUUUGCAGUGCAGAUUCAGUAGUUGGACUUGUGAAGAGAGCACGCGAGGGAGAGGAGUACAGCAGCUGAGUGAGCAAGUAGAAGGAGAAACACAUUAUUUUACGAGACUACUAGUUAUCGGUCUGUCACUUUUAACCGCUCAAAAGGCUAUUCGAAGAGGACCACGGUGAACAGCAGCACCAACAACACCUGGUUUGGUGUGCUCGAACCGCCCGUGGAAAAACUCCCGAACGAGAUCGUCUCAGCUGGCAUGAGCUAACCUACCUUACCAGUCAAAUAUGGAAACCAAACCGUUCUUGUCAUUGGGGUUCCUGAAGCCCCAGUGCUCAUUAGCCCCUCCGAUGCAGCGAGGCCGCUCAAAUGAUGUUUGUUCCUGUUUCAGCGGCAUGUGUUCCCUCCAUCAGCGUCGCCUAUCCUCAGACUCAACAGGUCAGAUGGGCUCUUCUCCCCUGGGCUCGCCAACCUCCCAUCGAGGAAUGCAUCCAUCAUUGCUCAGUCCAACGACCAUGGGACCUUCUGGGUCUCUUCACUCUCCCAUCAGCACGUUGAGCUCACCCAUGAACGGCCUGGCCUCGCCCUUCUCUGUCAUCAGCUCGCCCAUGGGCCCUCACUCCAUGACCUCACCCGGUAUGGGCUACGGCCCCAGUGUCAGCCCGCAGAUGUUCCAGCUGAACUCGCCGAUGAACUCGGUCAGCAGCACAGAGGACAUUAAGCCCCCGCUGGGCCUCAACGGCGUGAUGAAAGUGCCCGCUCAGCCCUCUGGCACGGCGCUGUCGCUUACCAAACACAUCUGUGCCAUCUGUGGGGACCGCUCCUCAGGUAAACACUAUGGUGUAUACAGCUGUGAGGGCUGCAAGGGUUUCUUCAAAAGGACAGUGCGGAAAGACCUGACCUAUACUUGCCGCGACAACAAGGACUGCGUCAUUGACAAACGCCAGAGGAACCGGUGCCAGUACUGCCGAUACCAAAAGUGUUUAGCCAUGGGCAUGAAGAGAGAAGUGUUAUUACAUGCAGCCGUUCAGGAGGAGCGCCAGCGAGCCAAGGAAAAGAAUGAGAAUGAGGUGGAGUCAACCAGCUGCGCUAACGAGGACAUGCCCGUGGAGAAGAUUCUGGAAGCCGAGCAAGCAGUGGAACCCAAAACUGAAACCUACAUUGACACCAACCUUGGCGUUCCAUCUAAUUCACCCAACGACCCAGUGACAAAUAUCUGUCAGGCUGCAGACAAACAGCUAUUUACGUUGGUUGAGUGGGCCAAGAGGAUUCCCCACUUCUCCGAGUUGCCACUGGACGACCAAGUCAUCCUUCUUCGAGCAGGUUGGAAUGAACUCCUCAUUGCGUCAUUUUCGCAUCGUUCGAUAGCUGUGAAAGACGGAAUUCUGUUGGCAACGGGGCUGCACGUCCACCGCAACAGUGCCCAUAGUGCUGGAGUGGGAGCCAUUUUUGACAGAGUGCUUACAGAGCUGGUGUCUAAGAUGCGGGACAUGCAGAUGGAUAAGACAGAACUGGGGUGCCUUCGAGCAAUAGUCCUUUUCAACCCAGACUCCAAAGGUUUGUCAAACCCAGGUGAGGUAGAAGCUCUAAGAGAGAAAGUCUAUGCGUCUUUAGAGGCCUACUGCAAACACAAGUACCCUGAGCAGCCUGGCAGAUUCGCCAAGCUGCUGCUGAGGUUACCGGCACUGCGCUCCAUCGGUCUCAAGUGUCUGGAACAUUUGUUCUUCUUCAAACUCAUAGGCGACACGCCCAUCGACACCUUCCUAAUGGAAAUGCUAGAAGCUCCACAUCAAAUGACAUAAUAGCUGGGAGGACAGAGCCCUCAUCUGCCUCUUCUUCAUUUCCCAGCAGCCCUUUGGUAAAAAAAUGCAGCAGGGUCCUUUUUUUUUUUUUUUUUUUUUUUUUUUUUAAAUGUCCCACCUCAAGCGAGAGACAUAUCAUGUGUUGGUGAACAUUUCACCCCUUUAAUCAUCAUACAUCCCCUAGAAACAACAAAUUAAUUAUGGAUGUGUUUUUUAUACCUUGUAAAGUACUAUCAAUAAGAAAUAUAUAUAAACAUAUACUGUAUAUUUCACAACAACAUGCGGUGGAGAAGACAAAAGCAAUGUACUGAGCCAUCAUUAGCAUUUUCCCAGCUUCUCGACAAGAUGAUUCAGCAUCCUCACUCUCAACACUUGCAGGGUGUACGCAAACAUGGUGUGGACGUCAUGUUGAGCCCUCCGGCCUCGUGAGCAGGACAAUCUUACAGAUACUCAAACCAACGUUUGCUUUUCAUCGGGACUGAUCUGAUUCAAAACAAACUCAAGGUCCUUGCCCGACUGGACUCAACAUGUCUUGCACUAAUUGUUAAAAAAAAAAAAAAAAGAAAAACAUGAAAAAAAGAAGGUGACAGCUUUCUGGGAUCUGGAACUUACUUAACAGGUGUGCUACAAAGACUGCAAGUGAUCAAGAACCUCAGGUGUCUGGCCCAGUUCCACACAAACCCAACCAUGUCUUACUGUAUCAACACUGUGCAACAACAUCAGCGAGGGCGAAUUUACCAAUCGGCCUAAUCAGGAAAAUGUUGUGAUCCACCUCGAGAUGCUGAGGUCGAUCAGGGAGUGGGUGGGGGGGCUUGUUAUGUAUGUACAAUCUGCACAGUUGUGUGUGCACACAGGAAGAAGCCAGGCAGUUGUCAGCUGACACUACACGCCACCGGCAACUGGCAUUCCAACAAUCUGCCUUUUGUUUUGUUUCCCGAACCUUUUUGAAAAGAAAAGGUUUGGCAUGUGAACUCUGAAUGCAGCGUUUAAGAUCGAUAGUGAUAUCACCUUUGUUCAUGUCACCUGACGCCCCUUCUCUCCGCCUCUCAUCGAUGAAAACGACGACAUCAACCUCUCAACCGCUCGCACCUUAGGUGUUAGCUUCUCAAGAUCACCUCAUCUCUUUUUUCGCGGAAAGUUACUACCAUAAACAGUAUUUACAUGUUUUGUUUUUUUGUUCAAUUUCAGAGCAGCACUGCACUUUUACCUCAGUUGGUCGACCCUCCUCAGCCCUUUUGACAGUAUAUACGGAAAGAGAAGCGCUUUUCAUUGCAGCAGAGCGGUUGUUUGUUUAUUUGUUACUUUGCACUUAACCUCAUGACAUAGCUGAUGUCAACGCAAUUGACCUCCGAGGUGGGAAUUUGGCUCCUGGCCCAAUCAGGAUGGCCCCACUUAUUUUCCUCCUCAGUGAGACAUGCCCUCGCUCUUGCUUCGCCAUUAUUGAUAUUAUCUUUUGGACAAAUUCACUCAUAUUUUGUUCCAUGCAGAAGCGGGUGCAUUCACUUGUGCAUGUUGCAUGCCGUUGAGAUCAGGGGUCAGCAACCUGUGGCUCCGUAGCCUCAGUAUUUUAAAGAAAAAUUCUAAUUUAGCAUAGAAUUUUCAACUUUCCUUUUAGUAGGUAGAUCAACUCAGGCUCAAAACAGUCAUGCAGGUCAUGAAUUCACCAACUAUGUGAAGUCAUGGUUGCAACUUGGAAGGCCUACCUACAAGUCUUUGUGCCGUUGACAGGCACAAAGAUUUGUGUGUACUGGUCCUUCUCAAAAAAUGAGCAUAUUUUGAUAAAAGUUCAUUAUUUUCUAUAAUGUCCUGAUAAACAUUAGACCAGACAUGUCCAAAGUCCGGCCCGGUGGCCAAAUGCGGCCCGUGGUCAGAUUUCAUCCGGCCCCCAGCCUCUGUCAUAUAAUCAAUAACGUCUGGCCCACACACUGACUUAAUAAAUUGGUCAGCAGCACUGCUACCAGCAUAUGAAGUAGCUAACACACUAAAUGCUGCUCCUCAUUUACCAACUAAACUGCAGCUGCACUCUGAGCAACAUUACCACAUGUGACCCUUUACUCCCAAUUUUCUAAAAUGGCGACAAUCAACAAAAAAAAAAGUUGACUGCAACGGUUGGCGCUUCAAGGAUAGGUGGAAACUGGACUAUUUCGUCACUAAAAUACGCAGCGACUAUGUCUGCCUCAUUUGCAAAGAGACAGUCGCUGUUUUUAAAGAAUUCAAUAUGAGGCGAUAUUACCAAACAAGACACGCUGACAUGUACGACAAGAUUACAGGGUAGAUACGUAGCGAGAAAUUGAAGCAACUUGAAGCUAGUUUAAUUUCACAGCAGCAAUAUUUCGCAAGAGCCCGAGAGUCGAAAGAGAACGCCACAAAGGCUAGUUGCAAAAUUGUUGAAAUUAUUAAUAAAAAAAAAUAAAAAAAAGUAGUGCUGCAACGAUUAAUUGAUUAACUCAAGUAUUCAAUUAGAAAAAAAUAUUCAAACUAAAUUUUGUUGCUUCGAGUAUUCGUUUAAUUGAAGUGGCAUUGUAAUGGUUGAUUUUAAAAGUGUUUGCAUUUAAUUUUACUGAUGAGGGUGGAUACAAUGCCCUCUGGUCUGCCUCUUUUCACAUGGCUGAAUCCAACUGCUCCCUGUUAAGACCAACAUAAGCUAAGUUUUUGUUUAAGCGAAUGUUUUUGUAAUGCUUUCUUAAUUUAGUUUGUAGGUAUAUUUAGCCAUUUUUUGUGGGAAUUUGUGUCUGAACCACUUGUUAAGAGCAUUGAAAAAAAAAAAGAAAACUUUAGCAUUUUAUAGCAUUUAAGCUAGCAGACUUUUUCCAUCCAAGUUAGCCAAUUGUUCUUUUGUUGUACACAGAUCCUCAUUUAAAAAAAAAAAAUUAUAUCGUUUGAGGCUCAGCUCAGGUGUUUUAAUUUUUCAUGUUCUUUAUCCGAUUCCUCUAUUAUUCGAACAAACUAGUCUAUCGAUUAAUCGACUACUAAAAUAUUCGAUAGCUGCAGCCCUAUAAUAAUGCAAAUGUGACACACAGAACGGCUUGCUAAAAUUUGCUUAAAUAUAUUGUUCUACGUAAAGGACGUCAGCCAAGAUCGGCCCCCAACAUUUUUACCACACCAAAUCUGGCCCCCUUUGCAAAAAGUUUGGACACCCCUGCAUUAGACUUUCAUAUAUUUUAGAUUCAUUACACAGAACUGAAGUAGUUCAAGCCUUUUAUUGUUUUAAUAUCGAUUAAAGAUGCACAAUAAUAUCGGUUACAGAUAAUUAUCGGCCGAUAAUGGCAGUUAUGACUAGGGUUGUUCCGAUCAUGUUUUUUGCUCCCGAUCCGAUCCCGAUCGUUUUAGUUUGAAUAUCUGCCGAUCCCGAUAUUUCCCAAUCCAAUUGCUUUUUUUUUUUUUUUGCUCCCGAUUCAAUUCCAAUCAUUCCUGAUAAUUUUUCCUGAUCAUAUACAUUUUGGCAAUGCAUGAAGAAAAAAAUUAAUAAAACUCGGACGAAUACAUUCAACGUACAGUACAUAAGUACUGUAUUUAUUAUGACAAUAAAUCCUCAAGAUGGCAUUUACAUUAUUAACAUUCUUUCUGUGGGAGGGAUCCACGGAUAGAAAGACUUGUGACUUUGUAUAUUGUGACUAAAUAUUGCCAUCUAGUGUAUUUGUUGAGCUUUCAGUAAAUGAUACUGCAGCCAUGCCCCAAUGCAUGAUGGGAAGUGGAACCAUGAUGGGAAGUGGAACCAUGACUGUGCGUCGUGCUACCAAUGGAUAUAUCUUCUCUGCUUUGGGAGAUAAUGUAAGGUGGUAAGACAAAGAUCAAUUGCCACCUUGCUUCCCCACAUUGCUUCCCAUGAUAUUUCUAAUCAUAGGGUGAGGGAUUGCAAGGCUUUAGCCAAUUGAAGAAAGGCUCCAAAGGCUGUCAAAAUUCACUCUACUUAUUUUAUGCUGCCUUUUAUCUCUCUAUAUACGUAAAACGGCGUUAUUACAGAUUGAGCGUGACAAUGAGGGAGAGGGUCGUGCAGUGCAUACAUUAAUUGCAUUAAGUAUUUUAACGUGACACAUUUUUUAAUAAUUUCAUUGCCGCCGUUAUCGGGAUAUUUUUGACAACCCUACCUUAAGCCUAAACUAAAGACUCUGGUUGAGUGUAACAUAUUAUGUCUGUAACGUUAAAUACAAUUAGAAAACGAUUUAAUUAAAAAAUAUACAGUAUAUAUACUAAAAAAAGGCAUGGCCGAUAUUUUUUUGCCGAUUCCGAUACUUUGAAAAUGACGUGAUCGGACCCGAUCGAUUGGGACAUCUCUAGUUAUGACGUCACACAGAUAAUCCAGAUUUUUAAAAAAUUCAACCGAUAAUCCAAUCCGAUAAUUAUAUACUUCAUUUAGUCUCCAAAUGUGCGCAAUUGAUGCAGUUAUGUCCAAUUCUGCAUCGCCGUCACAUGAAAUGCUUGAUAUCAUGGCGGCUCCGUCACAAGUGUGUGAUUACCUUUCCGUGUGUGAAGCAGAAGUUCCACGAGGCGGAAGGAAAGCGUCCUCAAUCAACACCAUUAACCUGAUCAGCCAUUUAAAGCUACAUAACAAUUAUUUGUGAAACAAAUACAAGGCUACCACUAGCACAAAGGCUAAAACUAAUAGUAAAAAAAAAUGGAACGCAUACUACAGGGUUUGUGACGAUCGGAAAUGCUUUUGCCAGCCGCUCGGUCUCGGGCAGUGCCGCCCACACUCAUCUCCGGUUCAACUCAUUAAGCACCUAAAUCAAGAAAAAAUUGCUUUCAGAUAAUGUUUUGAACCAUAUCUAUUCUUGAAUAAAGUAUUACAGUACAAAAUAUAAUAAUCUAUUGCUUAAAAUAAGGCUGUUAAGCUUAUUUUCAGAUAGCUAUUUUUCUUAUUUCAAGAAAUCUAAGUGAAAUUUAUUUGAGACACUGGCAGAUAAUUGCACAUAUUUCCAAUCGAGUUACACCUAAAACAAGGGAAUUUUAACUAGUUUUAAGGAGGUGUGUUUUUGCAGUGUAGUAAUGAUAUACAAUAUAUGUUAGGAAUGAAUUAGUUUUAAAGGCAUUUUUGUGCAAUUUAGGUAUUUACUCAGUAAGUAAUCGUUGCCAAAAGUUUACCAUUACACAAUGUCAGACAGUGUCAUUGUUUAGAUGUUGGAAUUCACUACUUGAUCACAUUUGAUGCGGAAAAAAGAUCAAUAAAUUCUACAUUUGCACAUAAUAUUUGCUCUUGUGUAUAUUUUAAAAUUUUAACUUAUAUCUUGUAAUUGAAUUAUCAGCUUGACAUGAUCAGUUAUCGGCUAGAUCGAGGAGCCAUUUAUCGGUUAUCGGUAUCAGUUGAAAAACGUAUUAUCGUGCAUCACUAAUAUUGAUGAUUUUGGCAAAAAAGUCAAGAAAAAACAAAAAUCCUUAUCUCAAAAACUUAACAUUUCAUGAAAAAAUACUCUGAAGAAGCUACUAACCUAAUCAUCUGAAUCAACAAAUUAACUCAAAACCCCUGCGAAGGAUUCCUGAGGCUUUUAAAAACUCCCAACCUGGUUCAUUACUCAAAACCGCAAUCAUGGGCAAGACUGCCGACCUGACAGCUGUCCAGAGGGCCAUCAUUGACACCCUCGAGCAAGAGGCUAAGACACAGAAAGAAAUUUCUCUGCGAAUAGGCUGUUCCCAGAGUGCUUUAUCAAGGCACCUCAGUGGGAAGGAAAAAGUGUGGCAGGAAACGCUGCAAGACCAGAAGAGGUGACCGCACCCUGAGAAAGAUUGUGGAGGAGGGCCGAUUCCAGGCCUUGGGGGACCUGCAGAAACAGUGGACUGAGUCUGGAGUAGAAACAUCCAGAGCCACCAUGCACAGGCGUGUACUGGAAAUGGGCUACAGGUGCCGCAUUCCCCAGGUCAAGCCACUUUUGAACCUGAAACAGCGGCAGUAGCGCCUGACCUGGGCUACAGAGAAGCUGCACUGGACUGUUGCUCAGUGGUCCAAAGUACUUUUUUCAAGAUGACAGCAUAUUUUACAUGUCAUUCGGAAAUCAAGGUGCCAGAGUUUGGAGGAAGACUGGGGGGAAGUAAAUGCCAAAAUGCCUGAAAUCCAGUGUCAAGUACCCACAGUCAGUGAUGGUCUGGGGUGCCAUGUCAGCUGCUGGUGUUGGUCUACUGUGUUUUAUCAAAGGCAGGGUCAAUGCAGCUAGCUAUCAGGAGAUGUUGGCGCACUUUAUGCUUCCAGCUGCUGAAAAGCUUUAUGGAGAUGAAGAUUUCUAGCCUGGCUCUGCCAGACUAUUCUCCCUGUAUUUUUCAAACACUGAGAGAAACAGUCUGGGAACCAUCCCAUUAACGGCCUUUUCGAGCAGAUACAAAAUCAAUCGACAAAUCAGAUUCGUUUAUUUGCGUGACGUAUUCUUCACGAGCAACGUCACUCUUGCGCGUCGAAAGUCGUCUCUUCAGCAACACAGAUGGUGAACGGCAGAGCCGAGAAUAUGUUCCAAUCCACGGUAAAAUCAGUUUUAAAUGACCAAAAACACAUCGACACGAGUCAUUGACAACAGUCUGUCUCGCGCUAGCCAUGUCGAAUAAACUCCGCUCUCUUCGUAUGUGUACUUCCGCGCGCAAGUCCCUCGUCCUGCCGUCGCCAUUUUACUAACGUCACGUCUGCUCGUCGCUGAUUGGUCCACUCCGCUGUCUGUUUGCUGUGGCUUGCUCCGCCCUGGAAACUGUUUCCGUGGGAAUGGUGUACCAGGCUAGAAGAUUUCAUUUUUCAGCAUGACCUGGCACCUGCUCAUAGUGCCAAAACCAAAGGUAAAUGGUUUACUGACCAUGGCAUUAUUGUGCUCAAUUGUCCUGCCAACUCUCCUGACUUGAACCCCAUAGAGAGUCUGUGGGAUAUUGUAAAAAGGAAGUUGUGAAUGAGCUUAAGGCCGCUAUCGAAGCAUCCUGGGCCUCCAUAACACCUCGCAGUGCCACAGGUUGAUUGCCUCCAUUCCACGCCGCAUUGAAGCAGUUAUUUCUGCAUAAGGAUUCCCGACCAAGUAUUGAGUGCAUAGCUGAUAUAAUUAAUUUAAGGUUGACUCUUUUUUUGUAUUAAAAAUACUUUUUUUGUAUUGGUCGGAUGAAAUAUGCAAUUUUUUUGAGAUAGGGAUUUUUGUUUUUUCUUGACGUUUUUGCCAAAAUCAUCAAUAUUAAAACAAUAAAAGGCUUGAACUGCUUAGGUUGUGUGUAAUGAAUCCAAAAUGUAUGAAAGUCUAAUGUUUAUCAGUACAUUACAGAAAAUAAUGAACUUUAUCACAAUAUGCUAAUUUUUUUAGAAGGACUAGGACACUGUUCGAGUCACAGCCGUGACUUCACAUAGCUCACUAUGGGGUGUUCACAGGCUCAUAAAUUUGUGGGCAUAUCUUCCAACUGGCAACCAUGACUUUAUAUAGUUGGUAAAUUCAUGUCACUAGCGAGUGUUCGGUAAAUAAAAGUGAACACUUAUUCUACAUACUAAAAGGUAAAACUCCUCUACUAAUUCAAAUAUGCACCAUUGAAUAUACAAUCCAGCUGACUUAAUUAAUUCUAAUAUAUAUAUACACAUAUGUGUGUGUGUGGCUCCUAGUGCUAUCUUUUCAGUGGAAACUGGGUUGAAAUGACUCUUUGAGUGUUCAAGGUUGCCGACCCCUGGUUUUAAAAGACACUCAUUUUAUCAUUUUCGCUUCAUGCAGAUAUUUGACACUGCUUUCUUCACCUCCCGAGUCAUUAUUGGGUUUGCAUAGGAAGCAAACAGCUUUUUUUCCCUUCUCAAAUGAUGUAUAUACGGUAUAUAUAGAUUAUGGAACAGCAGAUUCAAGGCAAGACAUGUUGAAUAAUGAAAGGUAAAAAAAAAUCACUAAAAAGAGUUUCCUGAAUUUUCUUUUGAUCUGCAUGUUUUCUUUCAUAAGCACUUUGAUGCAGUCGGGACCUGAGCACUGUGUUUUAUUAAUACUAAGGAGGUGUAACGGAAUCUGGGCUGUGCCACUUGUCAGUUUAAUUCCAAUCCAUUAUUAUUUUUACACCAGUUUACUUGGGAUGUAUGGUAUAAGACUUUUCUCUUCAAAUUUGGAUUUUCAGUUAAACAAAGUAAAUCACACCUAUGCUACUUGGUUAAAAUGGGGGCAUUCGGAGCACACUGAAAAGAACAAAAUAUAAUUGAAAAAAUGAAUAUGACUCGGACAAACAUACAGGUUAAUCACAUAAUGACGUGACAAAGUUUGGACAUUUGAACAUUUACAUUGUAUGACAAUUUAUUCUCAUGAAGUCAACCAGGCUGUCAUUACUCUGUGAUUUUGUUUUAAAAUAUAUUAUUUUGUCAUAACGUUAGAAUGUUCUCAGAAGGUUCAAACAUCAGUCAUGAUGACCAUCCCAAUGAUCUACGCAUACAUUUUCAAUGAAGCUCGUUUUUAUCAUGUAAUUCAGCUGACAUUGGGAGAAAGACUGGUUACACCCCAACUAAUCGUAAGGCCAAAAAUAAUGCACAUUUUUUAUAUUUUUUUUCCCCUGAUAUUUUUUUUCCAGUGUGGUCGAAAUACUUCUGUAAGAGUUCACUAAAGACAUACUUUACUAUCAGUUGAUGGGAAAUGGGGCGCGGGGACGCUCCGUAGGGGGGCUAUUUUCAAAAAUUUUAAAUACAAAUAUUUUCAAAACCAAAGCCACUCGUGAGUUAAAACCAAAACGGGCACCUCCCGUAGGCAAAUAAGCGUUUCCAUGAGCAGCAGCAUCAAAAAAUUCAGUCAUUCCUUAAUAAAAUCCCGAUUUGUUAUGUUUUAUAUAAGUACAACAAAACUUGAAAUGGCUAUAAGUUACUCAGAUUUUACACUAUAUGCACAAAAAUCACCAAAUGCAGAGAUAGUCACCUAUAUUUUCAGGAUCAAUAGCAAUAUUUAACAUAUCAUAUAAGUUUUGUUCCUGAAUAGCGACUUUUUUUUAAGUGCAAUUUUGACAUUUUCAGCAGCUAAUAAAUCACUCAAUUUUCACAUUAGAAACUUAAUAUUUGAGAAAAGCAUGCAGAAUCAUCUUGAUUUUAUUCAACAAAAGCAAAUUUUGCAUUUUUCUACGUACAAUCACGACUUAAUUUGGUUGAAUUCCGAUGUCACUGUUUUCUCAGCACGUCUUGCCGGCUAUCUGGCCCUCGUCUAAUUUAGUUUGAAAUGUUACAUUAAAUAACACGUAAAAGCUGAUUUUUUUGUUUUGUUUUUUUGUAUCGUCUCAGAAAUUUCGCAACAGCAGUUGGCCGAAAAUUAUUAUUUUAAAAAUUAUAAAAAUUAAAUAAUUAUUAUUAUUAAAAAUAUAUAUAUUAUUUGAAUGUAAAGUUACGCUACUGUCUAUUGAUACAAAAUCCAACAUGGCGAUCAUCACAAAAUAAAGAGCUUUUUAAGUUGAAAAUUCAUGUAAAUAAAUGCGUAAAUCCCAGAAUUUCUUUAGAUAUGAACUUGGAACAUCCUAGCUUCUUGGUUAUGAGCAAAAAUCCGGUACUUAUCAUUCAUUUUACGUCAAUAUUUCAAGCUAAAGCUACGCUAAUUUUUCCCAUUUUUUUUUUCCACAACGUUUCAAAGUGCAUGCAUGGUGCUAUUUUGUAUAAUAAUUAAUUAAUUAAUGUUCCGAUCAUGUUUUUUUGCUCCCGAUCCGAUCCCGAUCAUUUUAGUUUGAGUAUCGGCCAAACCCGAUAUUUCCCGAUCCGAUUGCUUUUUUUUGCUCCCGAUUCAAUUCCAAUCAUUCCCAAUAAUUUUUUCCGAUCAUAUACAUUUUGGUUAUGCAUUAAGAAAAAAAUGAAUAAAACUCAGACGAAUCUAUACAUUCAACAUACAGUACAUAAGUACUGUAUUUGCUUAUUAUGACAAUAAAUCCUCAAGAUGGCAUUUACAUUAUUAACAUUCUUUCUGUGAGAUAGAUCCACGGAUAGAAAGACUUGUGACUUUGUAUAUUGUGAAUAAAUAUUGCUAUCUAGUGUAUUUGUUGAGCUUUCAGUAAAUGAUACUGUAGCCAUACCCAAAUGCAUGAUGGGAAGUGGAACCAUGACUGUGCGUAGUGCUACCAAUUGUUAUAUCUUAUCUGCGUUGGGAAAUAAGUUAAGGUGUUAAGAAAAAGAUCAAUUGCUUCCUUGCUUCCCCACAUUGCUUCCCAUGAUAUUUCUAAUUGUAGGGAGAGGGAUUGUAAGGCUUUAGCCAAUUAAAAAAAGGCUCCAAAGGCUGACAAAAUUCACUCUACUCAUCUUAUGCUGCCUUUUAUCUCUCUAUAUAGGUAAAACGUCGCCAUUACAGAUUGAGCGCGACAAUGCGUGAGUGGGUCGUGCAGCGCAUGCAUUAAUUGCGUUAAAUAUUUUAACGUGAUACUUUUUUUUUUAAAUUAAUUACCGCCGUUAUCGGGAUAAAUUUGAUAACCGUACCUUAAGCCUAAACUAAAGACACUGGAUGAGUGUAACAUAUUAUGUCUGUAACGUUAAAUACAAUUACAAAACGAUUUAAUUAAAAAUAUAUAUAUAUAUAUUAAAAAAAGGCAUGGCCGAUAUUUUUUUGCCGAUUCCGAUACUUUGAAAAUGACGUGAUCGGACAUCUCUAAUAAUUACCUUGAAUCCUCGACCAAAUCACUCUUGAGACACUCUUGCUUCCUUGUAUGCACAAAAAUUUUCGUCAUGUUUCCACCUAAAUCCGGCGUUAGAAUGCAGCGUGUUUUGGUUUAUAGCAGUGAAACCACAACGCUCUGCCUGGUUGGCCCCCUACAGGAAGUCGUGGCGCAAUGUCUGUAGGAACUGUCUCGUCAACUGAUAGCAAAGUCUAUUUUAAAGAGUAGUUUUACACUUUUUUCCCUAUUGGCAACCUGACAACUCUGCUAUUCUCUGACACCGAUGACCUCUGUUAGGUUUGGUUCAGUUUCAGACUUUGUUGAAAGUGGAGGAAAUUCCAGACACGUGUGUAUAAUUCUCUUCUGAUUUGGCUCCACUUUCACAGAAAGCCUUCGGCAGGGAGAAGUGCUGGGGUCGUAAACUAGGAGGUCUUAUUUCCUCCCUCAAAAAAAAAAAAAAAAAAACAAGCCCCUCAAUUAGGCAAGUGUAUCAAAACGAUGAAUGAUCUUCUUGCCCACUCUUGUGGAUGAGAAUCUGCACUGCAACACCAUGAGUUUGUACUUGAUUUAAUUUCUUUGCAUGUCCUUUUUCUGACAGAGUGGACACUUUCUCACAGGGUUUAUGUGGCAGGCUUUGUGCUUGGUUUUGCCAAAAAAAAUAAAAAGAGGGAGUGAGAGUUAGAGAAGGGAGCAAUAACUGUACAUGACUUAAUGGCGUGUCACUGUAAGCAAGCCGACCUGUUUUAUUAAUAUAAACUAUCCAGGUGACAGUAUUGACUGCCAGUGUGAGCUCAGUUUACAGUACAGUAUUUAUAUAUUAAAUAUAUACAUGCAAACAAAGAAUAAUUUGCCUGUUGAAAAAAAUAUAUAUAGUUUUGGAGAAGUGUUGCUGCUUUUCAGUCAAUUUUUAGCCAAAAGUCUCAACCCCCAAAAAUGUCUGCUCUUUUAAGACACAGGUCUUUGAAGCCAUAAAAUGUGGAUUAUGUGUAAGAACCCAACAAGGAGAAAAACAUUGCAUCAACUGAUAACCCUUCAUAAUGUAAAAGAUCUAUUUUGUUAAUAUGUAUAUGUGUAUGUAUAUUUAAAUAAAUAUAUCAGAAGAUAUGUUCCUUGAUAAUUUCCAGCAUCGGGAGAAAGUCAGACCAAAAUGAUUCCACACCAGUUUUCUGGUGUUUUUACACAUUUAUCAAGGAGGGCAAUUUUAUGCAUUGUAGCCUUUCUGAAAAAUAAAAGUUAAAAAAAAACAACAACCAGCAGAAUCCCAGUAGUGAUGUGUCCAAUAUCAAGAACCAGUUCUUCAACAGACUUAUGGGACCUCACAACCACAGUAUAAAGAAAAGUUGGUUAAGAUUUAAGGACGUUAACCCCCACAAAAUGUUUGUUUUGCUUGGCAAUUUUAUGUUAAAAAAUGCAAUCAGGAAAAAAAAUAAAAAAGCUGAACUUGUGACACUGCUUUGUUUUGUGCAGACAGUAUUCAAGAAAAAUGAAAGUAAAUAAAAACAUUGAGAGAAGAAAAAAAAAGAUAUAUUUUUGUACAAAAGUAAAUUUUAUUCCUAGCUUAUGUACUCGUUUUUGUCCCAUUCUUCUUGUGGGCUGAUGUUUACGCGGACAAUAAUGUUGAGGAGGAGCCGGCACCUUGCUAAUAAACUGUGGCUUUUUUCUUUGCUGUGUUCGACCUAUCGCCGCAAAGUGGCAAACUGUCCCCUUUCAUACUUUUGUGUCGACUUUUAAGGAGACUGAUGUUUUGUCAUUUGUUCUUUCUGUAUUGUCCACUGAUGUUUCAUGGAGAGGCAAAAAAAAUGUAUUAAAAAAAAUUAAGUGAAAACGCCUGGUGAUGUUUUUGUUGGUUGAGAAUGCAGGAUAGGUCUUUGUGAUGAAGUGUGUGAUACUGAUGACCAAAUAGAGCGUUAUUUUUGGCUAAAUAAAUAAAGGAAUAUGCUCGACUAGGGGUCAUCAAUAGAGAUGGGCGAUACUAGGGAUGGGCGAUACCAGUGAUUUUGGAUUCGAUCCGAUACCAAGUAAUACCAAGGCCAAAUAUUGC